CAGUUGGGUUGUGAUGUGUUAGUUGUUGUUGUUCCUCCCACUACUGCGGGAAAGCAACCACCAGCUCCUCACCACUUCAUGUCAAGCUAUUGACACUUUAAAAAAUCUUUAUCGUUUCAGUUGUACACUUUUCAAUGCUCAUUUUGAAAACCUGGAUAUACUAACUGAAGCAAAAAAGGUAGGGAAAAAAGAGAUGUCAUACUACUCAUCAUCAUCAUCUCGCAGUUCCUCCAGAAACUUGGAGUGUAAGGUUUAUGUGGGAGAUUUAGGAGGAGGAGCUGCUAAAGGAGAAAUUGAAAGGGCUUUUAGUUACUACGGCCCUUUGCGCAGUGUUUGGGUGGCCAGGAACCCUCCUGGAUUUGCUUUUGUGGAAUAUGAAGAUGCUCGGGAUGCUGAGGAUGCAGUGAAAGGAAUGGAUGGAAAGCUGCUCGGGGGAUCUCGGAUUCGCGUGGAGCUGUCCACUGGCAUGUCUAGAAAAAGCCGAUAUGGCCGUGCCAGUCGCCGUCCAUUUGAUCCAAAUGAUAGAUGCUAUCAGUGUGGAGACAGGGGACACUACGCCUACGACUGCUACCGCUUCAGCAAGCGAGGGCGUCGAAGCAGGUCCAGGUCUAGAUCUCGCUCCAGGUCAAGGAGUCGCCGCAACCGUUCACGAUCUCGAAGCCGCAGCCAUAACCGGAGGUACCGUUCUCCAUCUUACUCAAAACGCAGGAGCAGGUCUGGCACUCCAGCUCGCUCCAAAUCUAGGACUCCUGUUCGGAGUCGGUCUCGCUCCCGAUCUGGAUCUGCCUCGCGCUCUCGCUCAAGAUCCAGGUCCCGCUCUCGCAGCCUCAAGAGGCGUAGAUCCAGUUGAUUAGCUACAGAGAGUGAACGAGAUCACCCGCCAAAAAAAAAGAAAACAAGCACAAAUCUGUCUUGAUCAGACUCCGGUGACCAAUUGCUGCAGGCUGUUCUUGUCUUUUCUUAAAGAGUGCGGGAGUGGAUGGCACUGACCAGGGCUCGUCCUUGCCAUGUUAAACGUCCUCCAGAAGGGUGACAAAAGAGCUUACCCGAGAUCAGCCUCCUGCCGCGCUGCUUUAACGAGAUCGUCCAAGGGCAUCCUGCGCGUUCUCAAACAGUUGUUCCACAUGCCCCCACUCCCACCCCAUGCACUACUACUGCAGACCAGAAAUGCUGGGCUGAGAGUCUUGGGCUCCCCCUUUCCCUUUUUUUUUCCUUCAAAGCUCUGGCUUCACGCUUAGCUUCUGAGAAGGGUGUGUGAGAGAAAGAGAGAGACGAGAGAUCAGUCUUCAAGACCUCUGCGAGUGUGUCUUCGAGUUCUAGCAUCCGUCGCUUCUCUGUAUGUUGUUUCCGCCACUGUCUGCAAAGGUAACCAACCCAAGAGUUACUGUCCUUCUUGAUAUGAGCCCUGGUGCUAAUAAAACCAGAUUCUCUGUAAACCUUUUCAUAAUUUUAAACAUAUGCAGAGCAUGUGAUGAUUAACACCCCUGUGAGAGUGAAUGUGUGCUGUUGAGUGAGUGAGUAAGUGAGUGAGUGAGUGAGUGAGUGAGGGUAUAAGUAACAUGCUUGUUGUGUGUGAGUGAGAGUAUGUAUGAAAGAGAAUGCAUUUUAGCAAUCUAACUCUGGUUUAGAUAAAUUCAUUGCUUGAGAUUUUUUUACAAUAAUCUUUGUAUAACGUGAUGGUAUUAAAGAGGUAAAGACAAGUUAGGAGUUUUGUAGAUGGCUCAUGUAAGAUGGUGGCACUCUUGGGUUCUAAAAUUGGUCUUUCAUCAUAAGAUAUAGCACUCUCGAACCCCGUUGCCGUCAGCAGAAUUUUGGUUUAAUUAAGCAACUUCAAAGGAAUACUCCAGCAUUUUUCUAUACACUUUGUAAAGUAACAAAUUUCCAUGUAGCUAACAUUAAUUCAUUCAUUUAUUUUUUGUACCGCUAAUCCUGUGUACAGGGUCAUGGGGGCCUGGAGCUUAUCCCAGGAGACUUAGAAGACAAGGCAGGGUACACCGUGAACAGGGUGCUAUUCUAUCGUGGGGCGCGUGUGCGCACACACACACCCACACCGCACACCUAGUUCACAUACUAUGGGCAAUUUGGAAACACCAAUUAGCCUAAUCUGCAUGUAUUUGGACUGGAGUAUCCAGAUGAAAACAUUUAAACUCCACACACAGACCCAAGGCCGGAAUCGAACCCUCAAACCUUAAAUUAAUCAGUGUUAACCCUUAACACCUACAAAAGAAACCUAUAAAUAUAACAUUUCCAAUUGUUGAAUUCAAUCAGUAUUAUAAUCAUUCUUGCAGAAAAUUUUUGUGUAGAACACCAAGAGGUCUUUGUAGAAGGGUUGUGAUCUCGCACUGAAACCAGAUAAUGCUUAUGCCCCAAAAAAACUAAAUAAGGUGAUUAACUUUAUCAUGAUAGUUUUUAGUGUUUAAAUAAGAUUAUAUGAACAACCUGUCAAAGAUUUUUGUCAUGCAUGGUAGCUUGCACAACGUAUACCUAUAACUAAUAAGAGCCUACACAUAUACUACAGACACGGAGCAAUCAGAAAUAUCCUGGAGUAUUUUUUUUAAGCUCCCAGCUGCUAUCCAGCUAUUUAACAUUCACAACCAUUUGACGGAUAGUAGUUUUUUAUACCAUUUGUAUUAUAGGUCAUGAUGUUUUACCAUCCUGUUGUAUCUAGAUUUAUCCUGUUCUCUAGUUUUCAAGCAGCACUGAAAGAGGUCAAGCUCAAACAUUGGAGUAAGAGCCAUCCAGGAGGAAUAUGGUUGAAGUUCAUGGAUGAUUUUACUUCUUUUGAAAAUGUAUUCUCCUCACUGAAGGACUCUUUCUCUGUGUUCCAGCCAUUCCAGGUCCCCCAGCCCGAAAAAAAGCCCCAAGUCCACUGACGGAGAGCAAGUGGAGAAGAACCACUAAACCGAAAUCACUUACCCAAAUUAUUUUUUCUUUUAUUUGCUUUGUAGCUCUGUUUUUCUUCACAUAAAUCUUAGACAA